AGUCUACGAAAGCAAAAUACGGUCCUCCUCCUCCUUCACAUGGCUCAUGCAAAGGAGGGUUUAGGUUUGCCUUUAAAAGCUGAAGAGCGAAACAGCGAGCACACAGUCAGCGGGCUCCGCGUCUGAUACACGUUCACUUUAACCGAGAAGUGUUUGUCUGAGGGGACAUCACCGACCAUGAGCUCCUCACGCGGCGUGGGACUUUAUUUGACGCUUUCCCUCGCUCUUCUGUGCGACGCGUUAGCAGACCCUCCUGCUCCUCAAAGAGAAAGUACUGACACGCUGGCUGAUGAAGAUCAAUUUCAGCGAGAGCUGCCACUUACUCAUGAGGAGCUGGAUUAUUUGAUGCUACAGAGACCAAUCCUUCCCGACCUUUCCAAAGUGAUGGUCUCUUUAGACAUGACCCAGAGAGAAGCCACAAACUUUCACGCCGGGGAUGUCCCAAUAGGUCGCCCAGUGUUUGGCCCUCGCUCCAUGGGACCCAGGACGGGUCCAGAGGUUGAUUUCCCGCCAGCCCUUCCAAAUGCUGGCAACCUGCAAGAUAUCUGUCGGUUCAGCAAAGCUCCGGUCCGGUACCCUAAAGACACGUUUCCUCAGGAUGGCUUUGGCCAUUUGCAUCGUCAGGCUGAUGCUAUCAAUCAGCUCCAGUCCUGGUACAGCGUCUGCUGUGGCCUCAACGGAACACCAGAAGAGCAAAUCUGUUGCGCUGAACAAGCGGUGAGAGCCUUGACGUUAUUACACCUACUAAUAAUAGCUUUCAUAAGAUUAUAUUCACACGCAGGACCCUCUGUCCAAGCUCACGUGCACCUCAGGUACUUUGGUUGUAGUAUAAAUCGAGAACUACUACUUUAAAGUGUUGGCGUAUGAAUGCCGUGCCACUAAACUAAAGGAAAACAGCAACGAAUUAAAUGGAGCGCUGCAGUAAUGCC